AUGGACGUCAUGGAGUUGGUCGAGAACGAGCCUAAUGCACGCCCAUUCCAGUGUGAUUGGCAAACAUGUAGCAAGAGCUUCAACAGAAAAUCCGAUCUUCAGAGACAUUAUCGAAUCCACACCAACGAGCGACCAUACUCAUGUAUGACACCUGGAUGCGGAAAGAGCUUCAUCCAAAGAAGUGCCUUGACCGUUCACAUCCGAACUCACACCGGUGAGAAGCCACAUCAAUGCCAACAUAUCGGGUGUGGAAAGCGAUUCUCAGAUUCUUCGAGUCUUGCAAGACAUCGUCGGAUACACACGGGAAAGCGACCUUAUAAGUGCGCUCAUGAAGGCUGUUUGAAGAGCUUUUGCCGAAAGACCACCAUGGUCAAGCAUCAACGGAGAUCUCACCAACGAGGAGUUCACUCAUCAGAACUUGAGGACGGCGAAACAUCAGACUCCGACAAUGGGGAGUCUCCAUCAACACCUCAACAUUCAGGUCAGAUGCAAUGGCCUCAGAACGGAAUUCCUCAACACCAAGUGAUGCCUCAUGGCUCGUCGCUGCAUCGUGCCCAUUCAUUUGCCGAUUUUGGACAUCAGCAACAAAUUGACAGCUAUCCAAUGCAGCCAAAUUAUGGGCAUCGCCACAGUCUUUCUGGCAACACACAGCCUUAUCAUCCACAAACGAUACAUGAACAACCACAUCCUGUUCCAAUCAUGCACCGCGCACCAAGCCUUCCUGCACAUUCAUCGUACUAUGUUCCGGAGCAAAACAACCCAGGGGUUGCAACACUGAAUACAAACCCGCCUCCAAUCCAGACGUACCAGAUUCCACGUCAAACAAUGGAAGGGCCACCUCACGAGAUCAUCCAAAGCAGUCCAAGCAGUUACUCAUCUGCAUCAAGAGCGAGCCCAGUGUCCCAAGAACCAUACUACACACACCAUUCGACACAAGCAGCUACCUAUGCUUUGCACAACUCUUCGCCGAUUGAGCAGCAGCAACAGCAGCAACAGCCAAUGAUUCAUUAUCAACUUCCUCCUCAACAGAUGCCACCUCAACAGGCGCAGCAGCAACCUCAGCCAAUGCCUGCCCAUCCUCAACCAGUCGCUCACGUGCAGGAUCACUAUCACCAUGCUCCACCACAUCAUGAGGCAUGGUAUGAACAGGUUGCUACUUAUCAAGCACCUGAAGUGGUCGCUCAUAUCCAAGCAUUCCCACCGAACAAUGUGUUCCAGAACCCAUGGCUCCAGAAGAUCGAACACUACGACGACCCAUCAUUACAGAUGCCCAGCGCUAGACUCGAGAAUCUGUGA